AUGGUGCGGCGCGUGGCAGUGGUGGGUGCAGGCGUCAGUGGGCUGGCAGCCACCAAGUGCUGCCUGGAAGAGGGGCUGGAGCCCACCUGCUUCGAGCAGAGCGAGGACGUUGGAGGUCUCUGGCGCUACACGGACCAGGCAGAGGAAGGCAGAGCCAGCAUCUACCGCACCGUCUUCACCAACUCCUGCAAAGAGAUGAUGUGUUACUCUGACUUCCCCUUCCCCGAUGACCACCCCAACUACAUGCACAACGCCAGGCUCCAGCACUACAUCUGCAAGUACGCCGAGCACUUCAACCUGCUCCGGCAUAUACGGUUCAAGACCCUGGUCACCACGGUUAAAAAACGCCCCGACUUUUCUGUCACGGGGCAAUGGGAGGUGGUGACUCAGAAAGACGGGAAGGAAGAGACGGCGGUUUUUGAUGCUGUUAUGGUUUGCUCUGGGCAUCACGUCUACCCAAACCUCCCCCUUGCUGACUUCCCAGGAAUACAGAAGUUUAAAGGCUGCUACUUCCACAGCCGAGAGUACAAGGAGCCGGACAAGUUCAGAGGGAAGAAGGUGCUGGUGAUAGGCUUGGGCAACUCUGGCUGUGACAUUGCUGUGGAGCUCAGCACCGUGGCGUCACAGGUCUACCUGAGCUCCCGAAGUGGGUCCUGGGUGAUGAGCCGCGUCUGGGACAACGGCUACCCCUGGGACAUGCUGGUCAUCACUCGUUUCCAGACCUGGCUGGGGAACAUCCUCCCUAGGGCACUCAGCGACUGGCUGUACGUGAGAGGCAUGAACCAUUUCUUCAAGCACGAGAACUUUGGCCUUAUGCCGCUGGACAGAACUUCCCGCAAGGAACCUGUGUUCAAUGAUGACCUCCCAAGCCGCAUUGCCUGCGGCGUGGUGGUAAUCAAGCCUAAUGUAAAGGAGUUUAGAGAAACAUCCGUCUUGUUCCAAGAUGGGACUGUGCAGGACGACGUCGAUGCGGUAGUCUUCGCAACUGGUUACAGUUACUCCUACCCUUUCAUGGAGGAUGAUUCCAUCAUCAAAAGCAGGGACAAUCAGGUCACCCUCUACAAAGGCAUCCUCCCUCCUCUGCUUGAGAAGCCAACUAUGGCAGUCAUUGGCCUGGUCCAGUCCCUCGGACCCAUCAUCCCAACAGCGGACCUCCAGUGCCGCUGGGCAGUCAAGGUGUUUCAGGGACAGUGCGCGCUCCCCUCAGUCAGUGAGAUGAUGGAUGACAUUGAUGAGAAGAUGGGGAAGAAGCUCAAGUGGUAUGGGAACAGCACCACGCUGCAGACAGAUUAUAUCACCUACAUGGAUGAGCUGGCCUCGGCCAUUGGUGUGAAGCCAAAUGUGCUGAAGCUCCUGCUGACAGACCCACGGCUGGCCCUGGAGGUCUUCUUCGGUCCCUGCAGCCCAUACCAGUUUCGGCUGACGGGCUCAGGGAAGUGGAGCGGGGCCAGAAAGGCCAUUCUCACCCAGUGGGACCGAACACUGCGUGCCACACAGACACGUGUCACCCCUGCCGCCCCCACCACCUUCCCCUGCCUGGCUGUGCUGGGGGUGUUCUUCCUUCUGCUCCUCCUACUCCUUGCCACCCUUUACUGCUAG